UCCAGCUGGAGAGUGGGAGAGUGAGAGACCGAGAGCAAACCCUGGUAUCUUAAAUCCCUUUUCUUGAGAGAAGCAUUUCAUGGAAUCUCUUUUCUAAUUAGAGCUCUCUCUCUCUACGUCUAGGGUUUGGGUUCUGGGUUUUUUUCUCUCUCCUAUUUUUAAUACAUAGAUUCUGCAAUGGAGAUGGAGAUUGAGAAGGUUGUUUGCAGGAAUGGUGGGGUGGUUGAUUGGGAGAGGGUUUUGGGUACUGUCAUGGAAGGCGUUGUGGCUGAGACGGUUCUUGUUGCUAGUAAAUCUGUUAUUUGGCUUCUCUUGGCGGUAUGUUCCUUUUCUAAUGAAAUGUUGGUGCUACCAAAAGAGGCUGAUGCAAAUGAAGGAGAUGCUAUAGUGCUCCUCAGGAGAGGUACAUCUGAAGUUGCUCCUGAGAACAAGGACGAUGGUGAGACGGACGACGAUGACGAUGAUGGCGAGGAUGAGGAAGUAGAUGAAGAGGAUGAUGACGAUGGUGAUGAUGAUUUAUCGGGCGAAGAAGGGAGCGAAGGGGACGAUGAUGAUCCCGACGAUGUGGAGGCAAACGGCGAAGGUGGUAGUGAGGACGAGGAUGAUGAAGAAGAAGACGAGGAUGACGAUGGGGAUGAUGAGGAAGAUGAAGAGGACGAAGAAGACGAGGAAGAAAACGUGCAGCCACCCUCUAAGAAGAGGAAGUGAAUGAAAUGCCGGGUUCUUUUUUCCUUUGAAUUAGUUAGUGUAGGAGAGGAGAGCAUAGGAGGUUUAGGUUUGUUGGGAGUCUUUUGACGGUAGAUUAGGAAAUUGGGGUGUUGUGAAUGAACUUCUUUCUCUUCAUGUUACAGUAUAUUAUGAUGUUAGUUACUUAUCUUUAUUCAGUAUAUGCUGAUUUCUAUUUACCUU